AUGGAGCAGCUUCCUGGUUUCAUCGAUCCCGACAAACCGUCCCAUGUGUGUCGUCUACGCAAAGCCGUUUAUGGAUUAAAACAAGCUCCCCGUGCCUGGUACUUGGAACUUAAGAAUUUUCUAACCUCCAUUGGUUUCCACAACUCACUAGCAGACACGUCUCUGUUCGUUCUUCUCCAUGGCAACCAGUUUGUUAACUUGUUGGUCUAUGUAGACGAUAUUCUUGUCACAAGUAACACAACUGCUGGCAUCGAACGGGUUCUAUCCCUCUUGGCUGAACGAUUCUCUAUAAAAGAUCCUGAGGAUCUCAAUUACUUUCUCGGUCUCGAGGCUCAUCGAACACCAAAGGGAUUGCAUCUGUCACAGCGCAAAUACAUUCUAGAUGUCCUUCACCGCUACGAUAUGCAAAAUUCCAAACCGGUGGCUACACCGAUGGCUACCUCUCCCAAGCUGUCUUUACGUUCUGGUACUCCACUCCCUGAUCCGUCUGUUUAUCACAAGCUUGUGGGAAGCCUUCAAUAUCUUGCCUUCACUCGCUUGGAUAUCUCCUAUGCUGUUAACCGCCUUUCUCAAUUCAUGCAUCAACCAACCGAUGAGCACUUCAAAGCCGCCAAACGAGUUCUACGCUACCUGGUAGGUACGACGACACACAUAAUCUUCGUUGCAGCUAAGAACAGUCUCAAUCUACAUGCCUUCUCUGAUGCGGACUGGGCCGGUGACACCAAUGCUUACAUCGUCUAUCUUGGUAGCCACCCUAUCUCAUGGUCGGCCAAGAAACAAACCGGCGUAGCUCGCUCAUCAACAGAGGCAGAAUACAGAGUUGUUGCAUAUGUCUCUGCCGAGAUAACAUGGGUAUGUAACUUGCUCUCUGAACUCGGAAUCACGUUGGCCAAGACACCCGUUGUUUAUUGCGAUAACGUGGGUGCCACGUUUCUAUGUGCGAACCCGGUAUUUCACUCCAGGAUGAAACAUAUUGCUCUGGAUUAUCACUUCAUCCGCGGUCAAAUACAACGAGGAGCAUUCCGUGUAGCUCAUGUCCACACCAAGGAUCAACUGGCGGAUGCCCUCACCAAACCUCUUAACCGUGCUCGCUUCAUUGAACUUAGAGACAAGAUUGGAGGUUCUAGAUCAACUCCAUCUUGA